AGUGCCUGGCACGCAGUAAGUGUUCAAUGAAUGUCAGUUAAUGGUCUGGCAGUGGCAAUAGUAGGUACUCAAUAUUUGUUAAAUGCAUUACUGAAUAUGAAUUCACAUACUAACAGUGAGAUCUGUGAGCCUCAGUAUCCUCGUGUGUAAAUCGGGACUAAUAAUCUGUCUUGUAACUUUUCUGUUCAGCCCCAAUAGCAAUGUGGAUUAAAUAAAGUGUGUAAACUUCCAGUACAGAAAAGUCUCUAGGUCAAUGUUUAUCCAACCCAGAGCAAUUCCUCUCCAACUCCUACUCUGUAAAAUUGCCCUUCAGUCUAACCAACUCUUCUCCAUUCCCAGGUAUUGCCCUGGAACCAAGGAAGGGAGAAGUCACCACCUUUCAAAGUGGAGUGGGGAAACAGAGAAUGUGUACGGGUGAGGUGAGACAGAAAAGGGAGGAACAGCAGAGAAAAGAGUGGGGAGGGAGGAUGGAGGUGCAUGGGCGUGGUGUGUCGUUGAGACAGGGGUACAGAUUGGGGCACUUGGAUGUAGUAUGCAAGUGAAAGGGUCUGGGGUCCAGUGGCAGGGGGUGAGGGAGCCGGGAUAUAUGAGGGAGUGCCGGAAGACGGGGAUUCCGUAGGAAGGAGUGGGAUCCUUUUCACUGAGAGGUCUGUGAGUCACCAUGGGGCAGGGGAUCCAAGCUCCCAGCAGUUGCUUCUCCCGACGGCGCCCUGCGGCUCGGAGUCGGGCUCCCAGGCAGGAACCACUAGCUUUCGAUCCAUGUAGAAGGCGGGGAGGGGGGAUCCGCUGCCUGGGAUUGGACACCGCUCCGCCUGCCAGUGACGCGAGACGGGCGGGCCUCUUUGUGAUGUCACAAUCAGCUGUUUGAACGUUCCAAUUUGUGCUGAGAGCCCAGCAGCUGCGGCUGCACAGACUCAAAGCCCCGCGGGCGAGCGCAGCAGCCAGGAGCGUCCCACGCUUAGCCCCACCGCCUCCCUGCUCUGCCCCGCGAUGCGGCCUUGCCUGUAAUCAGCCGCAGACCCCCGGCCGCUACGCCGCACAACUACCUCAGCGCCAUCCCGCCCGCCACACCGCCCCGGCUCCCAGGUUUUCGCAUUGCUAUAGGGCGCCCCCUCGAGGCCGUUUCACUCCCCCACCAUGUUCCAGCGCCUUACCAGCCUCUUCUUCAGCACUCCCCCACCCCCUGAGGACCCCGACUGCCCACGAGCCUUCGUCUCUGAAGAGGAUGAAGUGGACGGCUGGCUCAUCAUUGACUUGCCGGACAGCUACGCGGCUCCACCCAGCCCCGGGGCCUCCCCUGCCCCUGCCGGUCGCCCUCCUCCUGCGCCCUCCUUGAUGGACGAGAGCUGGUUUGUUACCCCUCCCGCCUGUUUUACUGCAGAGGGGCCCGGACUCGGGCCUGCCCGCCUCCAGAGCAGCCCCCUGGAGGACCUCCUCAUCGAGCACCCCAGCAUGUCUGUUUACGUCACCGGCAGCACCAUAGUGCUAGAGCCUGGGCCCCCUUCCCCGAACCCCGACGCUGAUCUGCCUGACAGCGACCUUAGCGAUGGGGAGCUGGCGCCCGUCCACCACGAGCCUCGGGCCCUGCACCACGCCGCCGCCCCUCUGCCGGCGCGGGCUGCACUGCUGGAGAAGGCUGGCCAGGUGCGGAGGCUGCAGCGGUCCCGGCAGCGGUCAGAGCGCCACGCGCUGAGCGCCAAGGUGAUGCAACGGCAGAACCGCGCCCGCGAGAACCGUCAGCGCCGACCCAAGCACCAGGGCAGCUUCAUCUAUCAGCCGUGCCAGCGCCAGUUCAACUACUGACCGUCAGCUGGCCAAACCACAAACCCCUUUCCAACCCCCGACCCCUGUCGGGCCCUCUCUGCCGCAGCCAGUGUGUUGCUUGAGAGGCACCCGCAGCCUGCCUGGGGCUGGACACCACAGCCUCCCUCUAGUGUGUGAGGUGGGGUGAUAGCUCCCUCGAUUUCUCUCCCUUUGAUUCUUUAAUCCGCCUCUGAACCCCCUCCCUCUCUUCACCCUCCUUCUGGCCCCAGGCCCAGCAUCUAAUCCUACAUCUCCCCUACCCAACACUCCUUCCUUCUCUGGUCCCCAUCCCCGUCUUUGCCCUGACAUUCCCCUUCAUCCUUGCCCUCCAGUCCUCUCUCUACCUGUGGCCCAUUCCUGUUUCUGAGAUCUCCUCCUUCAGUCCUGGAUCUGACUCUUUACCUUCAACUCCCACUUUACAAGCCUCACCCUAUUUCAUGUUUGGCACUACACUUGCUCCUGCUCCCUUAUUAUUUAUUUCCAGUAAUUUCCUCCUAAAUGGAUGGGGUGAGGAGGAGGACUGAGACUAAAGGUUUAUGCCUUUAGUUUCAUCCUUCCCUCUCCCCUCAGGGAUGGGCUCCUUGUAGUUGCUUAGGUCUGAAAAGGUAAAGUAUGUGGAAGAGGACUGUGCGAUGUGAGAGAGAGGGAGAAGAUGGAGGGAAUCAAGGAAAAAAGGCCUACUGGAAAUACGGACAGAACAGACAGGUUGAGAAGCUGUAGGGAGCAGGGCACUGUGGGAGCUGGAACUGAGCUUGCUCAGAGAGGCCAAGCCCUGCUCUCAAACUGAAGCCUGGAGUCUGCCCCCACUUCUCUUUCCUAUAAGCCUCCCCCCACAAAUCUCUUCCUGAAAUCCGCCCCUUUGCAGUCCGCUGAGUCUGAAGGGCUUAGUACUUUGCCACCCUACCCCCAACAUGUCACCCCAGGAGUAGAGGCUGGGCAAAGCCCUGCCAUCCUGGCCAUCUGUUCACAUGUCCAAGGUGCUAGAACUAGCUUAGGAGAGAUGCAGGCCAGAGGGCUUCUAGGCAGGGAAAGUGCAUACCCCAGAGUAAGCAUGCAGAGGAAUGAUGCUGGGGAGGACAAGCUUUGGGAUGAAGCUAUCCCAAGACUGACAGCUCAGGCUUCAUCUUGCCUCUGGCUUUGUAUUUCACACCCUGCCCAGGAUGGCUAAUAAGUAUUCCUGGGUAUAAGGCCAGGAGCUUCACUGUUCCAAUCCCCAAAUAGUCCUUAUUUAGGUUCAAGGUCUUCAAGGGGACUCUCCUUUUCUCCCCCAGUGCCCUCUUCCUUUCUAGGCUGCUGGGGAGAAACAGGUGCCCUAUGGUUCCCCUCCCCUUCUCCUCCAGGAAGUACCUGGAGGAGGGAACCUGAAUCCCUGUGUAAGACAGAGGGGAGGGACAAGGGCAACCAGCUUUCCCAUUCUCAUGGUGGGAAUGAAUUUUGGGCUCAGACACCAGCAACAGCCUCAUGGGAUGCCCCGAGUUGCUUCCCUUUUCUUCUGACUGCCCUUUUCUAGUGCGUGCUCUUUCUUCCUUGAAACUUUUAAGAUUUCCUGUUACAUACUAACAUAGGUCUUCCCCUUUAUCCCAAUUCCAGGUUUCCAGGCCUCACAGCCAAGCUGAGGCUUGGAGAAAACACUGCAAUCCCAUGAAGGCAAAGGCAGCUGCCCUUCCUGAUUUGUAGCCCCAAGCCUCAUGUGGGAUGUGUGGGUAAGGGAGGGGGUAGCCCCAUGGAUGCUGGGAUGGGGACAGAGGAAGCCCCACUGGGGUCUCCUCUCCAAGAGAGUAAGUCAAAUCUACACUAAAAACAGAUCAAAGUCCCCACGCCAGUCCACUAGGGCCCCGAUAAUUGACAGCUUUGCUCUUCUCCCCAAGGUUCUCCUUCAGUUAUGACCUAGACAUUUUUAUUCUUCAUGCUGCCCCUUGGGCACUUUACAGCCAGCUUAGGGUCUUCGGCACUUCCAAGAGCUGAAACUCCCUCCAACAUUUUGCCUAUUCCGCUGCCGGCUAGGGCCUAGGCUCAGUCCUGGGCAGUGCCCAUGAUCCUUCCAGUGGGGGAAGAGUACGUUACAGGGCAUUUGGCACAAAUUUCAAAAGGCCCCUCCCAUAUCCAUAUUUCUGGAGUUUUUGUAGUUCUAGAACCCUUCAAUCUCAUCGCCUGGCUGGUUGCAAGGCUCAUAGUUUUUUUGUACUUUCCUAUAGAUUCUGUAGCAUUUGAGUGUGGCAAUAUUUUAAUUGUGUAUAGAUUUCUAAGAACCAACACUACUCAGUCUCCUGCUAGUCUGACUCCUGAAGCAUCAGACUUCGUCAUACUGUAUUGACUGUGUAUGUGCCUUUCACUUUUGAGCAUGCUUCAGGAUUUAUUUUUAAACCACAGAACUUGAAUACAUGAGGGAACCAGAAUUCACAAAGUCCUAUGCAACCUUAGACAGGAGGGGGUAGAGAGUCUGUCUUGACUUAUGUUUUCAGAGACCCUGGAGAAGUUUGUUUCAGUUUGUAUUAAUUAAUGUCAAUACUACCAGCACUUUGCCAAAACAGUAUGUCAGAGGGACUUGUUUUUACAGGGAGUCCCAAUUACAUCAAAGGGCGACUUACAGUAAUUCCCCAAUACUUCUGAGUGCUCUCUUCAAGCUGGGUGUCACUUUCCAGCCUUUGCCAGUCUGGCCCCAGCAGGGUAUCACGUGUGUGUGAAUGUAGUUUGCUGCUGUUUUGGAGUAUGCCUGGUCCCCACCCCUGCCUGGAAUCCUGAUCAAUGUGCUCUGACCCAUAUUUUAGGUGCAAUAAAGACCCCACCAGAGCUCUUGGAUACCUCCUCAGAUCCAUGUGGCUUUAUGUGAGGGGACCGAAUGCAAACACACUAUAACCCCUUACAUCUUCCCACUUGCCCUGCCGCCUCGUUCCAAAUGGAACCAAGUUGAGUGCAACCCUCUUGGGUGUUUUGUGUUGAGACUGGCUGAAAUGAGGAGACUGGUUGACCAUGUUGUGACAUGUCGACAGACUCAAAGACACAACCACCUCAAUCGGUCAUGUGGCAUGCCUGUGUAAUGUGUGUAACAGGAUUCUGAUUGUUAGAUUGUAAUGUUAUUCCUCUAUGGGAGAAAAAAAAUUAAUAUAAAGAAAAACAAAUAAAAAUCUAUUUAAAGCA